AUGAAUAGGUUAGCGUGCGUUUUACUCUGUAAGUAAACAAAAUGGUAAUUUUGUGACUAUAAGUUAAUUUCUCAUUUAAAAAAUAUACAAAUAAGUGUACUUUACAUGACAUAAAUUUCUAUUUACAGUACUAUCAACCGCAGUAAACGCUGCCUACUUUGGAGUGUAUAUUGGCGACAUUACGAGCAAUGACAAUUUGAUCGCAAAGGCAUUCAUUGCCAAUCGUACCACUAUCCAACUGUCGGAAGUCAACAUUCCUGACGGUGAGCUUACUUAAACUAGGGGUAUCUUACUUAAUCUGUAAUUUAGACAUUAACUACACGUUUGGCAUCAAAAAUGGUGACAUAAUAGAAAAACUAAAAGUAAUGUACAUUGUCGAAGGCAAAGGAAGAAAAGCGUUCUCAAAAAGACUGUAAGUUCUACCAAAUUAUUCUAAUGCUGCAAGACUGGACAAGAUUGUUUUACAUGAUAAAGUAAAACUGUUUAAAAACCAAUUGUAUUUUAUAUUGGUUUACUUAAAUACGUAUUUUAGCCGUAACGACACUGACAUCCCAGAAAACAGCCGUCUGGUGUUAAGAAUCCCCCGAGGAGUCGAUAAGUGGGAAAAGCUAGUCAUAAAUGACGAGGAAAAACAAGUGAGAAACCCUUUCUUAUUAUUCAUAACCUACAAUGUUCUAUUAAUUUAAUUUUAAAUAUUUUUCAGAUUGAAAUAGCUUCCGUAGACAUCAACAAACCGUACCCAGAACCUUUCUGUUGCUUACAAACAAAUCAAUUCCAAGGAAUCCAAGGAAAACACUACAAUGUAUCCACCGGACCUGUCACCGUACUAGACUCUCAUACCGUUAGAAUUUCCAAGUUUGCUUUUGAUGGAACAAAGGCGCCAGGUAAACACAAUAAAAUUAAAAUUGAAUCAGCUAACUGUUAAAAAUAUGUGGUAUCUGUUAUAAAUGAUUAUUAUCAUUUUAGAUGGCUGGAUCUUUGCCGGUAAAGGAGGUGUGUCACAAGAAACUGGACAUAAACUUCAAGUACUUGGAAGAGAUGAAGUUGUGUAAGUUGAAAGUUUUCCUUUUCGAACAUUGUCAAAUCUUCUUAAAGUAUUCUAUUGAAAAACAAUACUUAAUCUUUUUUCACGAAUUACAGAUUCAACUUUAAAUUUUAACUUUCAGCCAGUGCGCCCUUCAUGAACAAUAUGUUGGUGAUGGCGAACUGAUCGCUCGACUUCCGCCAAACGUCUCCGUCUACGAUAUUGAUUACCUCGCCGUAUUCUGCUAUCAAUACGACGUUGACUUUGGUCAUUUAGAUGUCAAUUUUACACCAGAAGAAAACCCACUGCCAGCUUACAUUCCUCCUACUAGUGAUCAACCAUUCCCAGCACCCAAGAAGUGUGACUGA